CCACCAACAAGACAGCCGGAGCCACCUGCGCCAGCCGCAGCAGAAGACGAACAGGCCGCCUGUCCAGUCUGCACUGAAGAUACCCCAACCGAGGAUUUCGUCCAGCUGCCAUGCAGGCACUCCUUCCACAAAGCUUGUAUUAAGACAUGGGUUGCCAGCUUUCUCGGAACACGCGCAGAUAUAACUAGGGCACCGACGUGUCCCAUGUGUCGCGGGUACGUCGUAUACGCCUGUGGACAUGUACCUGCCAUAGACGAUCUGCUGCCCGGCAGCAAGAUGAUCACAUUCGCACAGCCAUGCAAGUUAUGUUGGGACCUAUCCACGGUCAGAUUGUCAAGGCGAGAGCUGAAGACAAAACUGAAGGCGGCAUAUCGCGUACAGGGAUGGCCUCUGGACCAGGGUCAAGCCGGUGACCAUUCUGCCGAUCCCGAAUCUCUUCCUAACUGGGAUGCCAGAUCGAUGCAGGAGCCUACCCAGGAGGAAAUAGCGCGAGAGGUCGCUGAGCUGGGCUUACCUAUGCUUCAGCGCGCUCGUGCACGUGAUGAUAUCGAAGGGCACCAGGCAGAGACAAGACGUCACGGCACGACAGUAAGUCAAUUAGAACGAAGAACAGCGAUGGCGGAAUUGAUUCAGGCAGUGGAUCAGGAGUCGAUUACCAGACUUCAGGAGCUGAACGCCAGAAAUCGGGCGCAUGCCCGAAUCCUGGAGGAGACACAAAUUCGAGAGAGGGAGAGACUGCGGGAGGUGAUGAGACUUCUGAAUGAGACCGCUCGUCAAGAGAUGGCAAGACGUGCAGAUAACACAAGGCGAGAAUGGAUCAGGCGGGCACGACAAGAACGCCCAGAGGAUUUUCAAAGGCCAUACCAUAAUGUGAAUAAUUCGUUGAGCAAUACAGGAGCUGAGUUCUUGUCGAACUUCAGGGAUGUUCUCAGGAGUGUGUUUGCCCACACAAUAGCCCCGUCAGAUGAGUCAUUGGACUCGGAGGACUCAGAGAACUGAGGACUCAUGGUGUUGAGCAUCGUAUCAGGAAUUUAUGUGGGCUUAUAUGCUCAUAAGAAUCUACCUGAUACGCUUAGGAUUAUGUUUCCAUUUCUGUAAUAAUUGUCAAUAUCACCGGCACGAUUUGUCGCGGGAUAAACGGGACACAGCGAAGACUUGAAA